CUGCCAUAUUUGUUAGGCAACUUAUUUGUCCAGUUCAUCCGCACCUCAGUGUUUCAGACGUCAAAACCAGGACUAGAAUUUACUAUAAAAUACUCUUCAGGUUAAUUAAAACACAGCAGCUCUUUUCUUUUGGAGAAGAAAGAAGAGACAAUCCGAGCUUUAAUAAGGGAGAUUCUGUGGGCCAAAGUGUCAACCAUGAACCCUGAAUACGACUACCUGUUCAAACUGCUGCUGAUUGGAGAUUCUGGGGUUGGGAAGUCUUGCCUUCUCCUCCGUUUUGCAGACGAUACGUAUACGGAAAGCUACAUCAGCACAAUCGGCGUUGACUUCAAGAUCAGAACAAUAGAGUUGGACGGAAAGACCAUCAAACUACAGAUAUGGGACACGGCAGGUCAGGAGAGGUUUCGAACCAUCACCUCCAGCUACUACAGAGGAGCUCAUGGCAUCAUCGUUGUCUAUGACGUCACAGAUCAGGAGUCGUUCAACAACGUGAAGCAGUGGCUGCAGGAGAUCGACCGCUAUGCCAGCGAGAACGUCAACAAGCUGCUGGUGGGGAACAAGUGUGACCUGACCACCAAGAAAGUAGUGGACUACACUACAGCCAAGGAGUUUGCGGACUCUUUGGGGAUCCCGUUCCUGGAGGCGAGCGCGAAGAAUGCCACCAACGUGGAGCAGGCCUUCAUGACCAUGGCGGCAGAGAUUAAGAAGAAGAUGGGACCAGGCGCCAGUACGGGCGGAGCCGAGAAAUCAAACGUAAAGUUCCACAGCCAGCCGGUGAAGGCGUCCAGCGGAGGCUGCUGCUGAGUCCUGAACUCGGCAGAGCACACAGCAAGCGCACAAACCAAGAGUGAUGUUACCUACCAUCGUACGCCAGAGCAGAUGCAUAGUGGAGAGGACAGUGUGUGUGUGUGUGUAGAUGUGUGUGUGAUGGAGUGAGUAAAUUUCAGAUUUAAAGGAUCAACAUUUCCUAAUGCACCAAGCUGCACGUUUCAAAAUGAGUUGCUGAAAUGUGUCCUGUAUUAAAUUUUAACACUUGAGAUUUGCAAACAUUGUCAAUCAGCCAAGACCUGUUUUGGUGGAGCUUGUUAGCAUUUAGCUACAUUAGCUAACAGCUCCUGUGUAAACCUAAAGAAGUAAACGUCUUAAAUCAGACAACAAACAUGUCUUACCUGAUCGGCUUUGUUUUAUUUUCUCCGGUCCCAAUCCUCAAGGUGUUUCUCUUCUUGUAGAUGUUUCAUCUCAUUUGACGCUGAGAUUUAUUUUUCUCUUUCAUCACAUUAGAUCAUGAAGGCUUUAGUGAUUAUAUAGUGUGUUAAAUGAAGUAGAAAGAUCAACUCUGUGGUGACUAACCAGAGACCAUCAUUGAUAUGUUUACAUUAUAUUUUAUCCCACCUUAUUUCUAAUCAUUCACUAUUGUGAAUAAUGGUUUCUCUCUCACCAUGUUGUGAAGAGGUAACACUUUCAGCAUGCAUUCACUUUCUCACCUCUGUAAAUGGGGAUUCUGUACCAGUUGGACAUUAAUCGUAAGUGGUGAAUUAUUGGAGUUCCUCACUAGGACAUCACAUUUUCUCUGCUUGCUGACAGCCAAUCAGAGCAAACCUUACGGCAGAAACGACUGAAUGGUUAAAAGGAUGGACACCGGAAACCAAACCAAUUUAUUUUGAUUAAAUCAUAUCAGGAACGAUUUCCUUUUAGGUGACAAAAGUAAAAAAAAAAAAAAAGUAUAAAUAAGCAUAAAAGAAAAAAAUCAGAUGAUCUCACUAGUUCAGCAACUAAUUAGCAAGGCAACUAGUUUUAUUCACAGACCUGAAACAUGAACACACUGUAAAACCAAACCAAGCCUCGUUAACCUUCUGAUGCAGCUGCUGCUUUCCGUAGACAAAAACAUGACACACUAAUUGAAUUCCACACUAUUACACCUCCCUCAUUGUAAAUGUUUUUUUCUUUUGAAUAUCCAUUAAGCGAUCUUUAAAGGUUGGUUGUGUGAUUGAAUGAAAUCCUGCGGUGUUCGUUUAUUUUUUUUUUGUCCACUCACUCGCUCAGUAUGAAAUCCUCCAGGCCUCCAGAUGAACUGUAUAUAUAAUAUUUAUGUAUAUCUAUAAGAAUGUAAGAACUGAUUUUUAGAUUCUAUCGAGAGCGAAAGGAAGAAAUGUUAGGAUGUGUAGGCAAGUAAAAACAUCACUACUCUAUUAGAUAUAUACUGUAUGGGGCGCAGGGAUUGUUGUGAGUUGAUCCUUUUUCCUUUCCUGUUGUUGAAUAAUGUUUUCAAUUAAGUAUGGAAAUGUUUAAUAAAAUGGUUUUAACUGAA